CCCGCCCGUCCCGCCAUGGCGGCGGCCUUCACCGCCCUCCGUGUCCUGCUCGGGUUCUUCUUCUUCCUCACCGGUGCCCUGAAGGUCUCGGACUGGCUCUCCGCCGACCUGCACCGGCACAUGGCAUCGGAGUUCGUGCGGUUUGCCAAGGUAUUUCCGCUGAAGGAGCUGGGCCUUGUGCCAGAGCCGGGCAGGUACCUGGUGGCUGUAGGCUGGCUGGAGGUGAUGGCAGGGCUCUUGCUGGCAUUUGGACCCCAGCUGCUUCAGGAGAUCAGCAACUUCAUCCUCAGUGUCGUCAUGAUCGGUGCCAUCUACACGCUGCUGGCGCUGCAGGAGCCGCUGGCCAUGUGUGCCCCGGCCACCCUCUGCCUGGGCCUCCUCCUGCUGCUCAACAUCCGUGGGUACCCGGCUGCCCCCCGGCCCAAGUUCGAGUGAUGAGAGGCAGGAAGGACAGAAGGCUCAGCCGCUGGGAAGCAAUGCCUUUAUGGUAUUUUCAGGGAUGACAUCGCAUCCUGAAGGGUAACUUGCUGAUGAGACAAGGAUGCUGUGUGUUCUCUCCUGCCUCUGCCAGUGACUCUGGUGCUGGUUGUCCCCACACUGCAAGACCCGGGCUGGUGCUGUGGUAUGGUGGCCAUGGCACCACUGUGACACUGCCAUGGCACUGCUCCUGCAGCUCCGUUGCUAAACUCUCACAAGGUGUCCGGCACUUUUCCAGUGUUUGGCCACACUGAGCAGGGGCUGGCUCUGCUUUCUUGGGAGCUUUCAAAUUUUGGAAUAAAACCUGUUGUUUUUCA